UCUCGAUGUCUCUGCACUAGUGGAGUGAAUCUUGGCUGAAUUGAUCUUUUGUCUGGAUCCAGGGUUAUUCUCACGGUGUGAAAACCCUCAGCCCCCACUCCGACCCCUCUGCAAUCCCCCCACAUCCCAGACAAAUCCCCUCCCUCCAUAUUUCCCACAUAAGUUCCCUCAUACCCUUCCUCCCUCAACUCCCACACACCUCCUCGUCUUCCAUCCACAUGCUGCUAAAAUAGCAAAGCAUGUGAGAGCGUGCAUGUGUGUUUCUCUUCGCUUGUGAAGCCAGAAACUGUUUAAGCCAGGAUUAGGAGCAUGUAGGGCAAUGCAUCGGUAGAUGCAUCUGUGGCCAACAGAUUUAGGACUGAGAGUGGAGGACGCAAAACCAAAAAACUUAAAGGAUUCCAGGACAGCAGCUUUGCAAACCGAGCAUCUGUGAUUGCGUGUUGUGGCGCAUGCACUUUCCUGCAUGCGUGUGUUUCAGACUACUGGAAGAAGAGUGAGGUGGAGAGAAAGUGCCAGUGGUGGAGUAUCCUGCCAUGUCAAAAGUGUGAUUGUUGUGGUGUGAUAUUAGAAGGUGGGCAGAAGCGGGCACAGCCAGUGGCAGUGUACUGCUUUUAUCUGGGCUUAUCAUGAAAAAAACUUGCAGCACCACACUGCGGCGGGCCUGGCCCAGUUCCGAAUUCUCAGACCGGGCCUCCGAGCGCACCCGGUCACGGAGCGAGAAAGACUACCGGCUCCACAAGCACUACCCUAAACACUUCAUCACCCACUCCCCCAGAGGAUUCAUGAUAACAGGUGAUGUGUCUCCCAUCAGCAUGUCUCCCAUCAGCCAAUCCCAGUUCAUCCCGCUGGGAGAAAUCUUGUGCCUGGCCAUCUCUGCCAUGAACUCCGCCCGGAAGACUGUCACGCAAGAGACACUCAUCGAACACCUAGCAACAUGCUUCCCAGGCGUCCCCACUCCGAGUAUGGAGAUUCUACGGCACACGCUCAACAUGCUGGUCCGAGAGCGGAAGAUCUACCCCACCCCGGAGGGUUAUUUCAUCGUCACCCAGCAGACAUACUUUAUCACACCCUCCCUCAUUAGGACUAACAGCAAGUGGUACCACCUGGAUGAGAGGAUACCGGACCGGAUGCAGCAGCAAUCGUGUACCUCUCCUAACUCUGGUACCAUGACCCCUUCCACCUCCGGUUGCAUACGGGAAAGAACUCACCACAAGAAUCACAGUGACUCCUAUAACAACAGCUAUCGGGAGGAAAUACCUAGUACACAUACCUCAAACUUACAAAGAAGGUCUAAAGAGCUUAAAGAGUCUUCUCCUGUGUCACCACCCCCUCAGCACCCCCCAUCAGAGAAGAGUAAAAGCACACUUAGUUUUCCAUUUAAAACAGAAACAAACAGUAAAAACAAAGAUGGAAGCAGCAGCAGUGGGGAGAAGCAGUCCAAGAAGUUUGGGUUGAAGCUCUUCAGGCUGAGCUUCAAGAAGGACAAGACGAAACACCUCGCCACAUUCUCCGCCCAGUUUCCACCUGAGGAGUGGCCAUUACGGGACGAGGAGACGCCAACCACUGUUCCCAGAGAUGUGGAGAUGGAGAUUAUCCGUCGGAUCAAUCCUGAUCUGACGGUGGAGAACCUGGCUCGCCACACAGCCGUAAUGAAGCGCUUGGAGGAGGAGAAGGCGCAGAGGAACAAAGUGAACUCCUCGGCUCAGCAGAGCGCCCGCAGUAAAAGGAGCCGCAGCCAUCGAAAGGCCCAGCAGGGAAAGGCCUCACGUUCCCAUAGCAAAACACGAGCUUCCAGGGGGGACCCAUUUGAGGGAUCCAAUCUGGACACAUCCUAUGAUAGGGAUUACAAAUUCUACAGCUCCUCAUUGGUACGUUCUCCACGUGAAACUAUGAUGUCCAUGGAACGGAAUAGGGGGAAGAAUAUGGUACACAGCAACCCCAAUAUUAUGGAGUCUCAUUUUACCACCACUCCAGAGUGGGAUGUUUCUGGAGAACUGGCAAAGCGGAGGACAGAAAUGCCAUUUCCAGAACCCUCUAGGGCACAGUCGCAUUCCAAAGUCCACCGAAGUCAUAGUCAUACGCAAGAGAGAAAGUCACGAAACGAGAGGUCAGACAAGGCUAAAGAAAGGUCACGCUCCAUGGACAACUCCAAGGGGCCGCUUGGUGGUCCAUACUUGGGUGGCCCAGAGGAUUUUGAGUGCAUUCCCGAUGAAAGAAGUCGAUACUAUACCGAUGAUGGUACUUUGAGGGCAUCUGCACAGUCGACACACUAUUCCCGCAUCAUGCUUUCUGCUGCUAGAUUACACUCUGACGUUUGUGUGCCUGAUGUUGGAAGAGGAUCCUCAGAGGAUGCUGUGCUUUACAGAAUGCUGGAGAAGAGUAAAAGUAGGGAAAGUCUUCCUGCUUACAAUGACUUGAAGUCUUGCUCUCCCAAAACGGCCGUGGAUGACUAUUUUCAGUGCACUGCGGCAAAUGAAGCAUCUCUCUCUGCCCCAUCUCCUCUUCUAAGGACCAGCCAUGAUUUUACGGAUAGUGUCUGGAAGGGAAUCUCCUCAGACCGACAAACCCCUCAUCUUACCCCACCUCACCCUUUGGAUUAUAAAGAGGAAACCACAAAGGGACAAAGUAGUAUCCCCAUAGCGAUAACAAGCCAGACUCCCGAGCCUCUCCCCAAUAGACGAUUGUCGCACCAACACAAUCCUGACUCAGGUGACUUGGACACAAUGCCAGAGGCUUACAGCCAAGAAACUUUGUUCAAACCUCCAGACUACGUGGAGAACAGCUUCUCAAGGCCAGGUACGAUAGGUAGGUCUCCUCACGCAAAGUCGGCAGAGGUGCUGGAGAAUCAGGAGCAUUUCGAUAAACCUUUACCGCUGACCGUGCCACCAUCCUCGGCUCAGGAGCAGGCUUCGUGCGCAGAAACCACCUUCGACUACUACAACGUGUCGGACGAUGACUCUGAGGAGACUAGUCAUAAGAACAGGGUGGAGGAGAAAGUUCAUGAAGAGGGAGGGACAAUGCAAUGGCUGCUGGACCGGGAGAAGGAGCGGGAUCUGCAGCGGAAGUUUGAAAAGAACCUCACCUUCCUAAGCCCCAAGGAGGGUGAGAGCAACAACAGCAAAAAAUCGGUCCAUUCUACACGUUUGGACAGUAUGGACUCCAGCAGUGUAACUGUGGACAGUGGAUUUAAUUCCCCACGCACGCGGGAAAGCCUCGCUUCAAACACCUCGAGUAAUGUGGAAAAUAGCAGGCGCCAGAAUAUGGCUUUGAGUCCAGGACAUAUUGGCACCAAAAGACCCCCGCCACCCUACCAGCCCCCUAGCUUCCGUACCAUUCGAGAGCCACCUGCCAACCGCACUGAGAAACAGGCCUCCAUCACCAGCGUGUAGUUGCACAGCCGGGGCAGGAGGGGGCACCACCUGUUAAACUGUACUUCACCAGGACUGUUACAAUCUUACAGGCAGGACCUUCAGAGCGAGUUUGAAGACUGUCCCAGCGGUAUUUUCCAGUACACAAAUGUUUAAAACACAGUUCAUCAUAAUUCACUGGAGGUAUCAUUUUUGAAACAAAUACUGCUGCAGACAAACAAGUCACUUCAAUAUGAAGUAAUUUAAGGUGAUCGUGAUCAUAUUUGGGGUAAAACCCUUGAUCAAAUGCAUUUGUAGGUGUCCUUUAUAGCUUAAUGUAUCCACUACGGGUCUUAUCUGUCUUCUAAUCCAAACUGGCUGCAUUGCCUCUGCCUAUUCAUGCAUUGCUGUGUCUCAUGUUUCGAUCUACACUCUCAGGUCCUUCCGAACUCUACUGACUUACUGGCUUGUGACCAUUGCUGGCCUUACCUUGAAGGCCACAAUAAUCACUAUAAGUGGCACCACCCCUGGAAAUCCAAACAAACUAAAUUCUCCUAUUUCCUCUGGACUCAUUUAAUCACAGCCUUGUGUAUCGUCCACUGUCCUGGGAUUCUCCGGGGAUCCGUUUAAUGAGGGCCGUCGUCUCGAAUGGUAUGCCCCAAAACACAUCUUUACACUUUUGAGUGUAUAGAUGCUUCAAAUGAUGGUUAUAGUUAUAAUGAAAUUCAACUAAAUAUACCACCAUUAUAGCAUUAUUUGUUAAAAUAAAAUUCGAUUCUACUGGUGCUUUCUCAUGGAAUGGACAGUCUCACAAAAAUUAUAUCUUUUUUUUCUGCUAAAGAGGUGCUCUCAAAUACAGAACAAGGCGAUAUAGAAUACACACAUUGCUACCUCCACAAUUUGUACAGUCGUAGAAGGAGACAAGAGUGAUUUCCAUCCUCCAUUCCAGAUCUCUGCUAUAUUAGACACACCACUGUCAGCUUGCAAACUGUGAAUGUACUGCUAGUGCUUUUCAGACACAUCUAGAUCAUCUAAAUUGGUCAAAGUGUUUGUAACCUACUGUUAUUCUCAUUGUAAUAGAGAGGAGACGUACGUAGAGUUUGGAAACAUAUAGGACCCAUAUAGGCUGGCUAAUUUCAAAUGUCCAGCCAUAUUAAAUUAUUUUGUAUUAUUACAAUUAUAUUUUUCCCAGUUCUUUUAGUGCACAAAUCCACUGAUUCUUGAGAUGUGGGACAAAAUAUUGCAGCAUUUUAAAAUUGAUUAGAGGUUAUCACUACAAUUUUGUUAAUUCUUAUUUUAUAUGAUUAAAAUAAUUCUAUUACAAGCCCUAAAACUACCAGACUUUAUAUCCCAUACAGACAUCUAAUAUAUGGCCAUAUGAACAUAUACACUGGUGAGCCAAAUCAUUUUGACCACUCGCAGGUGAAGCGUAUAAGGUUGAUCAUCUCCUAACAAGACCACGUCAAGGUCUGGGUAGAUUAGAUGUAAACAAUCAGUUCUCGUAAUCAACAUGUUGAAUGCAGGAGAAAUGGGCAGUAGUAAAGACCCGAGCGACUUUGACAAGAGCCAAAUUGUUAUGGCCAGAUGACAGGGUCAGAACAUCUCUGAAACGGCAAGGCUUGUGAGGUGCUCCCAGUCAGCAGUGGUGAGUACCUACCGAUAGUGGUCCGGGGAGGGACAAACUGGCGACAGGGUGUUGAGCGCCAAAGUCUCAUUGAUGCGCAAGGGCAAUAAAGGCUAUCCCGUCUGGUCCAAACCGACAAAAGGUCUACUGUGGAACAAGUCACAGAAAAUGUUAAUGAUAGUUUCUGGAGGAAGACGGUGCAUUGCACACUGCUGCAUAGGGGCUGCGUAGCCCAUGAUGACCCAUGUCCACCUUUGAAAGCACCUUCAAUGAGCAUGCGAGUGUUGGAACUGGACCUUGGAGCAGUGGAAGAAGGUCGCCUGGUCCGAUGAGUCCCAUUUUCUUUUAAAUCACAUGGACGGCCGUGUAUGUGUGCGCUGUUUACACGGGGAAGUGAUGCCACUGGAAGCACUGUUGGAAGAUGACAAGCCGGUGGAGGGAGUGUGAUGCUCUGGGCAAUGUUCUGCUUGGAAAUACCUGGGUCUGGCCAUUCAUGUGGAUGUCAAUUUGACACGUGCUACCAAUCUAAACAUCGUUGCAGACCAGGUACACCCCUUCAUGGCAAUGGUAUUUCCUGAUGGCAGUGGCCUCUUUCAACAGGAUGAUUUGCACUGCCACACUGCACACAUUGUUCAGGAAUGGUUUGAGGAACAUGAUGAAGAGUUCAAGGUGUUUCCCUGGCCUCCAAAUUCCCCAGAUCUCAAUCCGAUUGAGCAUCUGUGGGAUGUGCUGGGCCACCAAGUCCAAUUCACGGCUGAUCCACCUCAAAACUUACAGGACUUAAAGGAUCUGCUGUUAAUGUCUUGGUGCUAGAUACCACAGGACACCUUCAGGGGUCUUGUAGAGUCCAUGCCUCAGAGGGUUGGUGCUGUUUUGGCGGCAAAACAGGACCAACAGCAUUAUGCAAGAGGUCAUAAUGUUUUGGCUCAUCAAUGUAUGUACAAGUAUGUGACUUUAUAUUAGUAAGAAAACAUAAAUGAACAUAUAUUGGGAAAUUUCAGAUUUCUCUAUGGGAUAGUAAAAACAUUUAAAUAUAAAAUAUGUGUAUAUUUGACCAAAAGAAUAUGUAAUAAGAAACAUUAUUUUAAAAUAUAUAUACCUAUUUAAUAAGGUCCUCUUUCCAUAUUUUACCUGAAAUGUAUAGGUUUAUAUACAGUAUAUAAAAAUGUAAAAUACAUUAUUUGUGAUUAUUUGAUUAUUUUCCUCAUUUUAAGUAGGUCUUUUUAGUAGCUUGUAACACCAGAAAAACAAAAUUGCUUCUGCAUUUAAUACAUUAAAAAUAGCGUUUUAUUAACCUCGCCAGAUUUUAUUCAAUACAUUGAGCUGACUGUUUGAAAUCGUGUAUCCUCGAUCUUUGUCCAAAUGUAUAAUAAACAGUGACAUGUUUUUGUAUCUGACAGUGUUGACACAUAUUGAGUCAUAGUCAAAAUGAAGCAGCAGGAGAAAAUGGAAGAAACAGGAGGUUGUCUGAAAACAAAUUGAAAACAUCUGAAAAUGUAAUAAUUCUUCCAAAAUAAUUCCUUGGUACAUAAUCUUGUUUAUUAUUAUUAUUUUCCAGUUACGCAGCCUGUUUUGUCCCUGUACUUAAGAAUCAGUGAUUUUUAAGGUUUUUAAUGAUCAGUUUGGGAGAUAAAAAAUUCACUUUCAUUUAGAAAACAUCUUGUCAUACUCCAUCGCUGAGUAGGAAGGAUUAUAAAGUGUCACGCUUUUUAAUAAAUGGAUAAACUGCAGCCAGGACUACCUUGCUAUACCAUUUUUGCACUAAUGCCUGUUUUAUGAAGACUGUAAAAAGAAAAAAAAAAAAAGGAAAAAAAUCAUCCGAAUGGAUGCUCUGUUUAUAAUGAACAUAUUUCAUACGAAAUACUGAUAGUCCAUGAAAUGUCUUCCCUAAACAUGAUGGAUUUCUUAUUUCUCAAUAACAUUGUUCCUUAUUGUGACAUUACGUCAUUCUGUAAGAGAUGGCAAGCGAAGUAUAAAAACCUACAAGGGGGAUUUUUGUUAAAGUCUAUAAUAUUUAAAAGAUUCCCCAGUUGUGUAGUUGUGCUGUUAAAUGUUUUAGUGUACUAAAUCCCUCUCUUGGGGAUUGUGUAACUUUUUAAGGUCAAUAA